GCUUUAAACCUCAACCUCUCCAUUUUAGCUCAGUCAGCCUGGCCCAGGUGCACCGUACGGACACGGAGUACUUUCAUAGGGGGUGUCUGUUCUCACUGAGGGUGUCUGUCACCAGCAUAGUGAUCUGAAAUGGCUUCGUUCACAGAGGCCUGUAUCAUUUUCCUGUUCUUUUCUGUUGUGGAAGGGAUCAUUACUACAGUGAGUACAUCACCUGAGGUCUCUAGCUACAACAUGGCAGGAAAGAUCACCAGCACCACCGCCUUGCUUAACCAGCCCUACUGCUUCUUCAGCACAGCCCCUCAACUCUGUCAAGUGCAGUGUGACAUCUACGUAGUUCCUGCUGUCGGCUCAGGAGUGGACAAUUUCAACAGUGACGAGACAAAUCCAAAAAUACUGCAACUAUCUCCUUAUCCAACCGCUUUUGCGGCAAGCUCUUCGAAGAACUACUUCCUGACAAGAGUAGGGCAGCUGAGUAGCUUCCCCUGCAUGGCAUCCAGUACGAUCACGUAUGUGAGAGUGGGAUCGGACGGGAACUGCAAUGGCAUAAACUGCAAUGGGGCGUUACCAGCCGGCUCCACAGUGAGAUUUAAGUACAUCCUCGUUAACACAACAAACAACCAGAUCCUCAUGGAUACAAGUUGGUCCGGCGCAGUGACUCUUAAUUCUGUAAUAAACCCCGCAACCAUCAAUAAUGGCUUAAAAAGACGGUCUGCUGGAAUGAUUAUCAUCACCGCCAUCCUAUGUGUCCUCUUCUUCGUGCUGCUGCUGCUCCUCAUCCUCGCGCUGAUUUGUGGCCGGCGCUUCUCAACAUUCACUGAACGGGAACCUCUACCGGCCCUCGGCUCUUUGCGCGUCAAGAAGUACGACACUCACAACCUCCAAGAACCGCAGUCAUAUACAAACACCACCUAUGCAGAUGACUUCAAGAAGUUCAGCACUGAUGAAGUACUAACCACCAAUCAGAAGCCCACAGCCCCUGACCUCCAGGACUCUGUGAAGCUGCAGAGAUAUCAGAAAUUCAUGAAUUAGGUGCAAAACGUUUAGAGUAAAGGAACAGAGGACAGUGACGCAGAGCAGUGGGUGGAUGGACUGCGGGCUGCAGUACCACAUCGUCACACCGCCAGGCUCACGCAUCCUCGCUAAAAGCUGCAGCCCUCUCACUGCUAAACCUUCUUAUUUAUUUUGAACAAUGACAAUUUAUUUUCAUGAUUUGUCUGCUCGACCUGUAACAGUCUUAAAUCUGUGGAAAACCAUUAAUGAAUCAUAACAGUAAAUUACAGUUUAAAACCAUAGUAAUAUUUUCAAAAACAGACAGGAAUAGGUUUUACUCUGAUAUUUGUAUCGUAAUAAUAAACAUGGGUCUGUUAAUUGCUACAGUACUUUUUACAAUACUUUUUAAAACAUUAUGCAUUAUUCAGAUUUAUUUUAUUGCCAAAGAACGACAAAGACCUAUAUUUUCCAAUCGAUCAACCGACUUUAAUUAAAAGUAGGCUUAUACAAAACAAACUGAAUGAAUACUUAUGUGGGGCUGCAAGUGUAUGUGUAUAAAGCAAUAUAGGUAUACAGGUGAUUAUAAAUGCGUGCAGGGGCGUAGGAACCAGGGGGGCGCGGGGCGUGUAUCCCUCCAAUAAUUAAUUUGGCAUCAUUACUCUCCUUCCCCACCCCCCAAAAUAUAGAUGUUUACAUUUAAAUUUAAUUUCAAUAGAACCGUGUUUCCCAGCCUUCCAUCUGCCACGGACACCCUCCAUACGGCAGCGUCUAUCAGCUGGUGCGUCCCGCGGCGCUGUAUGCUGUCCUUUAGUGCAUGAAAUUGUGAACAUUGAAUUGCGCGGCGUAUUUUUUAAAUCUGAAUGAAUUGCUCAGUUGCAGCCUGGCCGCUUUAAACGUACAAUAAAUACCUAUAUUGAUGGACAAAGAGAAGAGAUCAGCCCUCGUCUGCCACCAAGAGGUGCCACCUCGGGGCACAGAGGUCCCCUCCCCAGCAAAUACGAGUCUAUAGUGAUGCAGGAAGACGCCUGAGCCAGCACAGUAAAGUCACAAAUGUAGGCCUGCUGUAGGCUGCUGUACUGUACAUCCCCCAAGAGAAACGCUUAUAUGAGAUGCCUAAGUAAUGGCUUUUCACUCCCUACUUGACAUUUUUACCUCGCUCUCCUGCGUCCACUCGCAAAGUAAGUGGAAUGCUUUUCAUGAAUGAAUAAUUGACGUAACUUUGCUGUCACUGAAUGCUUAACAUUGUCUUUUUUUUAAAAGGAUGGGAAUGUUUAACGUCUUUGGUGUACUUACGGUGUGUGUUUCUUAAAUUACGCAUUCUGGGUUUUUAAUAUAGAGGAAUAUUUAAGGGUUUUGAAAUAGCUUUUUGGCUGAAAUGUGAUUUAUUAAACGAUCUUUUAAAAAACGUGUUAAUUAACUGAACACAUAUUUAUAAAAUGUCCAAGAAGGUAUUGGGAUCCAGCUGGCAGGCAGUUAUAUUACAAAAUGUGGAAUAAACUCGUUUCUCAUUUAAUACUUUAAAAGUGACAAGUUUGAUUGACUAUGUGUUGUUAUUUUAAACACUGGCAUGUUCACAUAAGAGCAAAUAUACCGGUAAUAUUUUUUAUUAUUAUUUCAUGGAAUGACGUGACCAUAAACAAAAAGCGUAAAAAUUCAGAUAAAAGGUCUGUAUUUUAUAAUGCUCAUUGAAACUGAUAGGAUUUAUUUCAUGGUGUUUUACUCUUAUAUCUGCCACAAAUGCUUAUGUUAAGACUGUAAUAAACAUUCUCAUUAAGUAA